GUGAAAAGUGGAAAAAUGGAGAGAAUCUCUCUAUCUUAUCUCCCCUGUUUUCUAUAUCUCGUAUUGUUCUUCGUCGCAUCGACACUUCCCUCAGUCGUCGUUUCAUUGCCAAAGGAUUCAUCGGCGAUAAUAUCCAGAUUCCAACAGUACCUUCAAAUCAACACAGCUCAGCCGAAUCCUGACUACUUUGGAGUUACAGAUUUCAUCCUCUCUCAGGCCAAAGUCAUCGGCCUCGAAUCCCAAAUCCUCGAGUUCGUUAAGGGUACGCCUGUUGUUCUCCUCAAAUGGCCCGGUACAAACCCUAGUCUUUCUUCCAUUCUCCUAAAUUCGCACACCGACGUGGUACCUGCCGAGCAACAUAAGUGGACUCACGGUCCUUUCGACGCUCACAUCGAUCAGGCUGGAAAUAUUUAUGCGAGAGGAUCGCAGGACAUGAAGUGUGUUGGGAUGCAAUACCUUGAGGCCAUCCGCAGAUUGAAAAACUAUGGGUUUCAGCCGGUUAGGACGCUUUAUGUUUCAUUCGUUCCGGACGAGGAAAUCGGUGGCCAUAACGGAGCUGAGAAGCUUGCAGAGUCGGAAGAAUUUGAGAAAAUGAAUGUUGGGAUCGUCCUUGACGAAGGGCUGGCUUCGACGAGUGACAAUUACCGUAUUUUCUAUGCGGAGAGGUGCCCAUGGUGGCUUGUGAUUAAGGCUACUGGUGCCCCUGGACAUGGGUCAAAGCUUUACGACAAUAGUGCAAUGGAGAACCUGCAGAAGAGCAUCGAGAGCGUGAGGAGGUUCCGUGCUGCUCAAUUUGACAUGUUAAAGUCGGGUUUGAAGGCAGAAGGCGAGGUCAUUUCAGUGAAUAUGGUCUUCUUGAAGGCUGGCACACCAUCCCCGACUGGUUUCGUCAUGAAUCUGCAGCCAUCUGAAGCUGAAGCAGGUUUUGAUAUUCGAGUCCCGCCAAUUGUUGAUGAGAAAUCGUUGGAGAAACGGAUUGAAGAGGAAUGGGCACCUUCUUCACGCAACAUGACAUUUGAGUUUAAACAAAAGGUUUCUACCCUAAAUCAGUUUGGGAAACCAGUCCUCACUGCUACAGAUGACUCUAAUCCAUGGUGGACAAUCUUUGAAGGGGCUGUAAAGAAAGCUAAUGGCAAACUUGGAAAACCAGAAGUUUUUCCAGCAGCAACAGAUAGUCGAUACUUCCGGCAACGAGGAUUGCCAGCAAUUGGCUUUUCUCCCAUGGCAAAUACUCCUGUUCUGCUCCAUGACCAUAAUGAGUUUCUAAAUCAAGCAGAGUACCUGAAAGGAAUUGAAAUAUAUGAGUCAAUCAUCAAAGCAUACACAUCUUACACCGAGCACACCGGGAAUGUUGUAUCCAAAGAUGAAUUGUAAGAGAGCAGCAUGCCUUGUGACUGAACAAGUUUUAGCUUCAUUAUAGUGCAGAAGAGAUAAGGGAUUGACUCAACUUGGUAACUGUAAGGGAGAGAAAUGUAUUAAUGGAGGUCACUCUCCUAUUCCCAAGUGCAUUGGUGAAUAAUAAGAUGUAUUCCAUUGGUUUAAACAUUA